UGAGCGUGAUUGAUACAAUUUAUGUAGCGGCACAUGUUGUGCCUAUGUCCUUCUAUCUCCCCCUCCCCCUCCCCCCUCCUGAUUCUACGUCUCUAUCUUGAGCGGCUCAAAUGCGAGAAGGUGACAAACCUCUACCCGAACCCCCUAAGGACGAUGCAGAGCUUAGCAUAGCGUCUCCUCGCCAGCUUGCGCAACUACAUGCUCUCGCCGAACCUGGAACAGCGUACAGGCGUCCGAAUGGGCCGCUCAUCAGGCUGCACCAGAAUCCGGACCAAAUCAUUGCUCUAUCACCCCCUCCAGAUGAGGGGGAUUUUUUCUACGAAGUGGACGAAGAGGACGAAGAAAAUAAUUCCUCUAUCAUGGGGGAUAAGCUUUCAACUAUCCAGGAGGUGUCGGAACGUACCGAGGAAAGCGUGAAGUGGGGUUCCCAACCAGCUACCACUGUCUCACGUAACCCGUCGAUAUGGUCCUCGUCGACGGACUAUGGCAAUGUUAGCGGCCACUAGAUCCAAAUGAGAUUCCCCCUUCACCGCCGGAGUCUGCUUUACGUCGUCUAUCCAUCGUGCAAUCCCCCCCUUCAGCUUCUACUUCUGGAAGUCAGACACCUACACCUACAGCACCUGUUGCGGCCAGAGGAGUGAAUCCCCGUCUAGAAUCUUUGCCCGACAUUCCCGAUUAUAACUCGAAGUCAAGUCGGCAACCUGCGCAGGGAUCGCUGUUAUUGAAGAAAUCGUCAUCCCAGUCUACAGAACGCGCAAGAGGGAUAAAUCCUGGAUCGAAGCCCCCGACAAAACCCCGGUCGAAGCUUUCUGAGCUUGCCAGCUCACGACUCAGCACAAGCACCAAGAGCUCGAGAUCUUUUACAGACGACAGCGCAUCCGUGAUCACCUAUCCUUCUUUGCGACCCUCAUCUGAAUCUAUGGUGUCUUCGAAUGCCGAUGCAGAGUCUAGCAAUACAAGCACCUCAUCCUUAGCCAGGCAUGUGCGUCAUGCAAUCCAGACGGCCAUUGAGAUGGAGGCAAUGGACAAGGUUAUCCCCGGCGAAGUGAAGGAUUCAAGUUCGUCCCCUUCUCAGACGCCCACGCGGCCAUCUGCACCUGUCCCAGAGGAUUCUCCCUCUACACCCCCUGCAGUCAAUGUUCCGUCCAUGCAGCCGUCUUCAGCUCCGACUGGUCGCCAACCAUCUAAGUUGGCGAUGCUCGCACAAACGAAAGCACAGAGCUAUUGGAUGCCUAAACCGAAGAAACCACCAGCACCCCAGGUCGGAAUAACUUUGCGAGAGGCCCGGACAGAAUACUUAACUCCUAUUGCCAACGGUCCAACUGCAACCACUGCCAUCACCACGUCUUAUCGAUCCCUUUCUGAUCUCUCCAGACUACCCCGUCUGCCACCCUCAUUUCCUCCACAUGUACGCCCUUCGGAAUCACCUCGGCAUGCUGCCACCAAGGAGCCGAAGCAGUCUAAGCUGGCGAUGAAGAGUAAGAAGGCUCACAUGAGAGCAGAACUGGAACCUGAAUCAGAAAUGGUGGAACCAGUUCCUGAGUUGACAAUAUUUGCGGCUGCGUCACCUCGCUCUCAGUCUAAGCAUAAACGAAAGGAGAGCAAAGGGAGGGAACGUCAGGCUAAUGGUGGAACUCAUCGACAUCGCACACGCCCCUCUGUCGAUCCUACUGUACCACUUUCACCCUUACAAGGCUUCGCGUUUGACAUCCCCAGUCCGGAUGACAUCGUGUUCAGGGCUCGCCAGGGAACCUCACUCGCACCGCGUUCCUCAACAACCGCUUCGCGCCAUUCGUCUUCCACAUCCACUACCACGUCCUCGUCAUCCACCUCUUCAUCCACAUCCACAUCCAAAUCUACGUCGUCCUCCACGUCCACCGUUUCUCCUCGUCCUUCUAAACUUCGUUCUUCUGUCAAGGCUUCUGGUUAACUGAGAUCAAUGUACUGACUACUGUGUUUC